UAACAUGUGAUAGUAAUCCACGUCUGCGAAAUGAUGUUUGCGCAGUCUGUCAAAUUGGUGUGAUGUGCUUGAAUAUUGUUUCCUCUUGGAAUGGAUUUAGAAGAGGCAUUUCAACUAGUCGGAGAAUUCGGAUCAUAUCAGAAGCAGAUGGUGUUGGUUCUUGUGUUGCUACAGGUGUAUAUGGCAUGCCAGUCCAUGCUCAUUGUGCUCAUUGGCGCUAUACCAGAAUACCACAUUGAACAAGGUGACCACUCCAACUAUGAGGAGCUCAUCAAACACGUUACAUUUACAGAGGAUGUGAACUCCAUCGUGACGGAGUGGUUCCUUCUAAAGCAACAGGCUUACAAGGUCAGCUUGGCAGGCUCUUUGUUCUUCGCCGGGGUCUUGAUUGGAAAUGUGUUUUUUGGACCCCUCUCUGACAAGAUUGGAAGGAAACCAGUCUUCCUAACAGCUCUGUUCUUUGAGGUGUUGUUUGGCUAUGCCACAGCCUUUGCUCCCAGCUAUGAGGUGUUUGCGUUGUCGCGCCUGCUGGUGGGUCUGAUGAAUGGGGGUAUGUCCCUCGUCUGUUUUGUGCUCACCCAGGAGUAUGUGGGCAAGGCCUAUUGGGCCAUGACAGGGACCUUGACUAAUAUGACCUUUGCUGUGGGUAUUGCCCUGUUUGGUGCCCUUGGCUACUAUAUCAGACCAUGGCGUACCCUGGCAACAACAGCUAAUUCUCCUGGCAUCCUGUUUUUUCUACUUUGUGUGACUCUCCCGGAGUCUCCACGCUGGCUGUAUUCCCGUGGUUACACGGAGAAGGCGGAGGAGGUUUUGCACUAUAUAGCUGUGCGGAAUGGGAACAGCAAUGCUGCAGCCAAAGUAAAGCUCCGUAUGUGUCCUGGCUCUGUCAAGACUGGUAACCAGGGCAACAAUGGCCCUGGCUUCCUCGACCUGUUCACCCACACAGUGCUCCGCUGGAGAACCGUGGUGCUCAUGUAUGUCUGGUAUUCCUGCAGCCUGGUGUACUAUGGGCUGACCAUGAAUGCCAGUGAGGACAGUGGGAACCGCUACUUCAGUGUUGCCAUGUAUGGACUAGUGGAGCUCCCAGCCUACCCUCUCUGUAUCUAUUUUAUAAACAAGCAGUGGGCUGGGAGAAGGAAAACCAUGGCCAGCUUUCUGGCUUUAGCUGGCUUGUCGUGUCUAUGCACCAUGUUGGUUCCAGUAAAUGCUGGGGCAUUGUUCAAUGCUACUUCUUUAGCUUUGUUAGGAAAGCUGUUGGUCAGUGCGGCUUUCAACAUAGUGUAUGUCUACACUACUGAACUGUACCCCACUGCUGUAAGGAAUGCUGGUCUUGGGGUCUGCUCAAUGUCUUGCAGAGUCGGGGGGAUCCUGGCCCCUUUUGUGCCCUCUAUGAGAGAGUUACACACCUCUAUGCCCUUCCUGGUGUUCUGUCUCAGUGGGAUCUCUGCUGGCUGCCUGGGUCUCCUUCUCCCUGAGACACUUAACAAACCUGUGACAGAGACACUGGAUGAGCUCAGCAGCCCUGCUUACCACCGCAUUGUAGAGACCAAGGGAAAUAGAAAAAAAUGAAAAACAAGGAAAUGCCUCUCCUGUGGGCAAAUUCAAGCUCUGAAGGCCAGCGCUCCCAUUCAAAUGAAAAUCCAGUAUUGAUGUUCUCCAGACUUCCAAUAGUUGAGAUGGGAUUGAGAAGGAUGGUCAGGUGAGACUAGUUACGCCCCCUAUCCAAAUGCAAGUUUACAAUGAUCUUAAAUUUAAUACCUGCUUAACAUUCUGUAUCUUGGGGGGUUGGUUUGUGUUCCGUUAUACAGACACACUUGUUUGAAGAGGACCAAUCGAAAACCAACCACAAUCAGUGACUCACUCUUUGAACAAGAGAACAGUCAGAGGCAAUCCGACAGGAGAGACUCUCAAAGCCUGUCCACACACAAGUGCUUUCUCACAAGUGACCCGGUGUGCUCUGUUUCCAUGGUGAAGCAAGGACGGGUCAUGCCGUGAUGGAUGGUGGUCCAUUUUUUUUACAGGAAACGGCACAUGUUUACAAUGUUUUCGUGUUAUUUUGUUUCUCUCUUUGUAUGUGUGAUACUUUUUGUACUUCACAGUGAAAAUCGUAGUUUAGCCGCAGUGAAUUGAUCAAGUAAUCACGUGGUAUCAAAUGGAAGAGAACUACAAUUACUGCCAAAGUUUUCAGUUUCUACUUUGCCAAGUAGCCAUCGGGGGCUUAAUUUAUAAUUGUUGCGUACAUUUAACACUAAAUAGCCGCGUGCGCCAUUUCUGAAAAAUCUCGAUAUUUUUGUGCGUGCAGUUAACUUGGCACACGCCAUUCAUAUGCAGGUUUCCCAUUGUAAAUCAUUACAUUUACAUUUAAGUCAUUUAGCAGACGCUCUUAUCCAGAGCGACUUACAAAUUGGUGCAUUCACCUUAUGACAUCCAGUGGAGCAGCCACUUUACAAUAGUGCAUCUAAAUCUUUUAAGGGGGUGGGGGGGGUGAGAAGGAUUACUUUAUCCUAUCCUAGGUAUUCCUUAAAGAGGUGGGGUUUCAGGUGUCUCCGGAAGGUGAGACACCUGAAAUCAGACCUGUCAUAAAUGUGACAGGCAUUUUUCAGGUGGAGUAAAUGCUCGAUCAUUCACCUUUUGUGAUGACAAUAACGCCCUUAUUUUCUGUAUAGUUUGGAAGUAUUGGAAUUAGACUAAGACUGUAUCUAAAGGAAAUAGCAAUGGUGACCUUGAUCACAUGUCUUUGGAGGGAUUGGCUAAAUGUUUUCUUUUGUAUUGCUAUUUCCUUUAGAUACUGUCUUGGCCUACUUUCAAACUAUACCGAAAAUAAGGGCGUUAUUGUCAUCACAAAAGGUUAAUGAUGGGUGUUUUUGAGGUGGAGUAAAUCUGGGUAUUUGACAUUUUCUGAAAGACAAACAAUUGCAUGUUUUUGUGGACCUGUAAACAGAUAGUUUUAAAUGCAAAAUUUUGCAUGAACCUUUUCCCGAACCUAAAUAUGCUGUACUGCCCGCAAAUUCUGAUACAUUGUCUACUCUGUAAAAUGUAAACAGUGACCUUAGUGGUAGCCUACACACUUCAAUGCAAAAUAUCAACUGUCUGUUCGCCUGUCUAAUUCUACUGUAUGUUAUAAACCGCGCACCCUGUCGGACACAAAGGCUAUUUAUAAUUUUGCUCUAACUAAUAAUCCCAUUUAAAUGAGAUGCGUGUGGUAAUUUGUUGUAUGGCUACUACAAGAAUAUUAACUCAUCAUGGCCAGAAAAUGUGAGGAAUUUAUUCUGCGAUGGAUGAUAUGUAUUAUGUUUGUAAAUUAAAUAUCUACUCUAGACAUUUCACAUUACAGUACUCGGACGUAGCCUGUGAACCAUCUGUUUUACUGUUCAACUGCGCUUCAGAUCGCGUAGAGCAAAAUAGGCUGCUUGAAAUAGCUUAUCUAUUUACUACUGGGAAGUGGGUACAAUUUUAAAUGAGUGAUAAACUACCAUUCGUCCCAUCUUAACUUGUCUGCCUGUAGGCUAUUUCGAAAACAGCAAAGGUGAAAUGAUUGUGGAAAUUAAAUUAAUAAUAGCAAAUAUAUAUGCCUUAUUUCAAAUUAUUUUAGAAUGUGAUGAUGCAUUGAUUGUUUUUCUUUUAUCACUAAUGGAAAAUGAUAGCAGCUUAUUUAGCUAGGCCUACCUGUUUUUUGUUGUGAAAAUAUGACGACACAUAUUCAUAAGGCUACGACUAGGCUACUUUUGCUUUCUUGCAAUGCAGGACUUCAACCACUAGAAACUGCAUGAUCUAAAGUUUGCGGAAGGAUGGCCCUUUCUCAUGUUAAGUUCAGUUUUUAUAAAUACCAACUUUUGUGUGAGAACAGGCAUGCAUAUUUUGUGUGUACGCAACGUUUAUAAAUCAAGUCACUGAAGUUCAAAUGGCUUGUUUCAGUUUCCAUAUAAAUAUAUAAUUUCUAUGUGUUCUGCUGGACAGAUCAUAUGCUAGUUACAAUGUGAAUACAGAUUAUGUAUAAAUAUCUAUAUUGGACAUUGUUGACGAUUUGUACAGUAUUCAAGGUAAUUGGUUUACAUUGUGUUGAUUCCGGAGUUAUAAAUAGUUAAUGACGGGAAGUAACACCAAUUGUGAAUGGUAGCUUGCAUAAUAAUAUCAUUAUGAGAAUGACAUGAAACAGGGUUGCAUUGUAAUGUUCAUCGACAUUUGAAUCUUUUAUAACUUAAUACUGUUUAUAAGUAAUUAGUGGUCACUGCCUAAACUCAGGUCACAUUUGGCCUUUUACACUAGUGAGGUGAUUGUGUCACCAUUGACGCAGACAGGAGAGGCCCCCGAACAACCAUAUCGUCCAGAAGCUCUCAUCAAAGAAUGAAGUAACCGCUUAAUGUUUUUUUCCCCCCCCCAUCACUUAUAAUUAUGGCAGUUGGCCCGUACCACCGGUUCAGCAAACAGUUGGAGUGAGUUGAAGAGUUGAAACCAUAAUCAUUGUUUUGAUUUAUAUUCCUCUGACACUGUAUGCUUGCCAGCACAGAAAUUCCCUGUUGAAGGAAAUAAACAAUCUCCAACAAAA